AUGGACGAAAUCUUCGAGUGUGAACAACCUAGGAGGAAGAAGAAGAGUAACCGGGCACGUGUGAGUCCAUUGGAGAUAUAUUCUGAUGCAGAAUUCCGCAGAAAAUGCAGAUUUUUUAAAGAAGGAGCAAUACAAUUAACAGACUUGUUCGGGGCACAGUUAAAAUCUGACGGAAGGGGAGGGAAACUUUCUCCUGAUCUACAAAUUUUAACUGCUCUUUGCUGCUGGGGAAGAAAUGAAAUUGAAGACGAUUCUGCUGACUUGCAUGGGAUAAGUCAACAAUCUCUAACUAAUGUGUGCCGUAGAGUGGCACUGUCUAUUGUCGAAAAGAGGCAGACGUAUAUACGAAUGCCUGAAAAUUUAGACCUAGAGGUGCAGAAAAUCAACAUGUUUUCUGAUAUUUGUGGGUUCAAAAGUGUGAUCGGGUGCAUUGAUUGCACUCACAUCUUCAUCCCACAUGUACCAGGCAAUGAAGGGCACUAUUAUGUAAUUAGGAAGAAUUUCCCAUCAUUAAAUGUACAAGUUGUGUGUGAUGCUUCAUUAAAAAUAAUGGACAUUGUGGCAAGAUGGUAUGGGAGUGCACAUGAUUCCCGAAUAUUUAAUGAAUCUGCUUUGAAACUGAAAUUUGAAGGUGGGCAAUUUCAUGGGAGGCUUUUGGAAGAUUCUGGGUACGCAGGCCCACCUUACUAUCACCCCAGUGUUGAGGCCCAGGACAAGAAAGGAGGUGCUCUACAACGCAAAGCAUGUGCGCACAAGGAACUCUGUGGAGAGAUGUUUUGGUGUGCUGAAAAGCCGAUUUCGUUGUCUCCAAACAGACUUCAGAAACUCCCUUGA